CAAAAGCCACGCAGGCUGAGACCCCCAAGGUCCCCAAGGACGACGGGGAAAGGCUGCUGCGAGGGAGGGGCCGCCACCCCGCCUGACACAACCCGGGGCCUGCAGAAGGGCCUCGCACCCUGAGCUGCCCAAGGGGCCUCGACACCUCCCCCGAGGCGCGCCUGGAGGCCCAAACGCCGCCGCGGAGCACCCACCCGGGAGCGGGCAGGCGGACACCAGCAGCCCUCAGCCCGCCCCGUUCGCCACUGGACCGGGCAGCGCCGCAGACCGCUCCCCCGCGGCCGUUUCAGGUGUGCACUGCUUAUAGACUUUUGCGGUAGAACAAGUAAACAAGGAUACUUCAACCCUUCUAGUGCAGUGCACUGUCACACUGAUCCAGCCAUGCCUGCGGAAGGGAAAAGUGAUAUGGAGAGGAUUGGCCUCUUCAGUGAAAUGGGUUAUGUUACCAUUGGAGAUAAAUAUGUAUCACAAUAUAUGCGCCCUUUUAAUGAAGCUGCGAGCAAGAACAGACAGAUGUUACCUGGGGGGACCAAAACAUUGUCAGCUCUGCAGGCAGGUUAUUUUGAGCCUCAAUUUGUGAGGAUUUUCGAUGGUGAAGCCUACUCAAACCCUGUUCAGCUAAGGAGACGCUAUAGAUUGGCAGAAUCAAAGAAAAAUUUGGGCAAAGCGUUCCUUCCCAGUAAUGGAGACAAAUUGCCAUGUGGACUUGGCAGCUAUUAUGGAACCAUAGGAGGUUCAUAUGCAUACUUCAGUCCACAACUGAAAGCCAAAGAAAGAUACAUUCCUCCUGGAAAGAAUUUUUAUACUAAUCCAGGAAAGAAAGGAACUGGAUAUGGUUAUGCAAACCUUACCAUAGGUCAACAAUAUCCGCAUGAACCUGAUGGGUAUGAAGUAGAAAGAAUAAAUGCAAAGAAAGUGCAAGAGGAACAUAAACGGUUGGUUAAAGGAGGGCCUUUCAAGUUAAAUCUAUAUCCCCAGGAGUAUUUUGACAUGAAUCCCUAUUUUACUGACAAACCUUUGCCACCUGUGAAAAAACCACCUCCAGAGAAGCCAAUCGCACCACCUUUCAAACCAAGUUCUCCUGCUAAAAAGUCAGGGGGCAUGAAAGGAGGCACGUUUGAUCCUUACCCAAGCCAUUCUGCUGACCCUUAUGUAAUUACAAAAUCUAAGGCUGUCACAACUAGUAAAGAACGACAGAUUUUUCAUCCUCCUCCUGGACCAAAAAGCAGACCUGUUACAAGCAUAAUAACUUUAAAUGUCACAAGAUCAUUAAAUGUAAAGAACUACAAGACUGCACAGCUGACAUCUUAUUAGGUACAACAGGUGAAACGAAGGGUGCACUUUUUUUGACUCUCUAAACUGUUAGCAAAUAAAAAUGUGAAAAGUGGAAUUCAAGUAUAUAGGGCAAUUCAAUCUGUUUAGUUAUUGAGAAUGCAAUCUUUUGUUUCUAAAUAUAAAGCUAUAAUAAAUAAUUUAAGAUCAUUUAUUUAUUAAGUCCAAGGUUGUAUUUUUAUAUAAAUUUUCAUCUUAUUUCUUAACUGGACUUUUGAAACAUACUUUUAGGAAACAUGCAUUCUAAUGAGUAAUUUGGAUUGAAAUUCGACUAUAUAUUGCAGUGGAACAAAGUGCAUAUAUUUUAAAGUGAGUAUCAGUGUAUGUAUUAAGCAAGUUAGUCACAUGUGGCCCACAGUGAAACUAAGGCCAUUGUUUAUUUUUAGUAGAAUUACAACUUGUACCUUAUUUCAACUAUAGUUUUCUGUAAAAACUGUCUUAAAAAUAUCUAAUUUUUAGUUUUGAUGAUCUUCUUAAAAUGACCAAUAUCAAGCAUUGUUCAAAACCAGACCACAAGUAGGCUGUUAUGGAGGGGUGAUCUCUAUAUACCAGCAUCUAUUUAUCACUCUUCCUCAAUUUCCUGACAACCGUAAGUGCUGCCAUAUUCUCCAAGAGCAGCUUAAUUUCACUUUGUGUACAUGGAAGGUUCCUAACAAAUCUGAUCCAUCUUUCAAACUAGCUGCUUCUCAGAUGGAACUGUGAUUAUAAAUGUACACCUUACCUCCAUCUUCAUAAUUUUUGUCAGGUUUUUGUAUGUGGUCCAAGAAAUUUGUUCAUGUAAAUCAAAGCUAAUUUAUUAUAAAAAGUAAAAAAAAUACUCAGCAUUUAUUUAUCCAAAUUAUUACAGGAACACAAAAUUUCUUUGUUCAUUUUUAUUAAAGAUUUACUGUACACUGUAGAAUAUUCAUGAAAUGGUAUCCUUACUGCUGUUUACAGGUUGAUAGUUUGUAAAGAAAUUCCAGACUGGAUCUCAC